AUGUCGCAAGACGAUGACCCGACACGCAACUCGGCGCCGGACCUCCAGAUCCUCGGCGACCAAAUCACCCUCCAACCGCGAAGCUAUAUCGAGUCGACUCAAGAUGGCGAGAAAGAGGAAGCGUUGAUGCAGCACAUGGCUCGGUUCCGCUCCGAGCCACUCCAAUUCCUUCGUGAGGUCUCGCUGUACGUCUCGGGCACCGGAUGGCGCGCCUACGAUAAGGUCAUCGGGCAGCCCAUCUUCUACUCGGGGUUUUCGGAGCAAAUGAAGAACUCGGUCGUGUCGGCGCCCCUAUUACAGACUCGCAUAUCCCAAUUGGCCGACAUGAGGCUUGAGGUUGAGGAGAAGGAAGGCUGGCUCAAGAAAGAUGAAAAGAACUUUGCUUUUAAGAGGUCUGCUAGACGUGCCGUAAUUGAGCAGGGACUGCAAGAGGUGGCCGACAAGUUGACGAAUGAUAUGAUUUGCAAAUUUGAGAGCAAGACAUUUAUAAGAGGCGCAUAUUAUCUAGUGACCCAGCUGUUGACGAGGGCGUACCAUCAAGGUAUUCAUGUCUCUAGCGAAGAAGUACUGAGGUUGCGCAAGGUGGCUGAACUUGCCGCUACCAAAAAGCAGAGCAUCAUCUUCCUGCCGUCACACCGAUCCCAUGUUGACUAUGUCUCAAUGCAAUUGAUAUGCUACCGUCUGGGGCUUGCUCUCCCAGUCGUAGUCGCCGGUGACAACCUCAAUUUCCCCGUCGUGGGGAGUUUCUUGCAACACGCGGGAGCAAUGUGGAUCCGACGACAGUUCGGAAACGACUCGAUGUACACCACUCUGGUUCAGGCCUAUAUUGACACGUUACUUCAAGGCGGAUACAACUUCGAAUGUUUCAUCGAGGGUGGCCGGUCAAGAACAGGAAAGCUCUUGUCACCCAAGUUUGGAAUUCUCAGUUUUAUUAUGGACAGCGUUCUGUCCGGCCGUGUGGAAGACGCCAUCAUAUGCCCCGUGAGCACACAAUACGACAAGGUCAUCGAAACCGAAGGUUACGUGACGGAGCUCCUAGGAGUGCCCAAAAAGAAAGAAAAUCUUGCGGAUUUCCUCAGUGGCGGGUCGUCCGUGUUGUCAUUGCGCCUGGGUCGCGUCGAUGUUCGUUUCCAUGAACCAUGGAGUUUGAGGGGCUACGUCAACGAGCAACUGGCGAAACUCCCCAAAAUACCCGAAGACUUGACAGCCAAGUCUCCAGAAGUCACAGCUGUCCGUCAAAAGCUGUUGCGAACGAUGGGCUACAAGGUCUUGUCGGAUAUCAACGACGUGUCGGUAGUGAUGCCGACGGCUCUGAUCGGGACAGUGGUGCUCACUCUUCGUGGUCGUGGCGUGGGGAAAUCGGAACUGAUCCGUCGCAUCGAGUGGCUGAUUGCCCGUGUGCGAGCCAAGGGUGGCAGAGUGGCCCACUUUGGCAAUGCGCCGUUGUCGGAUGUGAUAGAACGCGGCUUGGAAGUGUUGGGGAAGGACCUUGUUGGCGUCGUCCAGGGCCUCGCUGAGCCCACAUAUUAUGCGGUUGACCGGUUCCAGCUGUCAUUCUACCGCAAUAUGACGAUACACUUGUUCAUCUCUGAAGCACUUGUGAGCGCAAGCAUGUACACUCGGGUAAAACAGGGUGGUGGGCCUGCGCACCAAGAAAUCGGGUACGAUUCGCUUCGCACCCAGGUCCUAUUUCUGUCAUCACUGUUCCGCGGGGAGUUCAUCUUCCCCAGCGACGGUCUGGCUUCGAAUCUAGAGAAGACAUUGAUGGGUCUCGAGAGCGACGGCAUUAUUCACCUCAAACGUGACGAUAACGGUGCCCCUCUGAGCAUUGGACUCUCAGAGGAGGAGCGCGUGGCUGGCCGAGAAAACUAUGACUUUUACUGUUUCCUAAUCUGGCCGUUCAUCGAGGCAAGCUGGCUGGCGGCGAUCUCACUGAUGGGACUGACACCGCCACAUGAGGCGCAAAAAGAGGAUAUCUGGAUCGAGGUCACCAAGGCCCAGAACAGUGCACAACUUCUGGGCAAGACACUAUACCAUCAAGGUGACCUCUCAUACUUCGAAGCAGUGAACAAAGAGACCCUGAAGAACGCAUAUCAGCGGUUCGAGGAAGAGGGUAUUAUUUAUGCCGUCAAAUCUAAAGACACCAAGGUUCCGCCACGCCUUCGGAUAGCAUCCGAGUGGCUGCCCUCGCGGGAUCCGUCGACUGGCGCGCUGGUUGCGAAGGGUCGAUUGUGGGAUUUCACCGAGCGCAUCGCAAGUUCUCGUAGGGAAGGCAAGAACCGCCGUGAUGGGGCGACGGUCAGUACCAGAGUAUUGGCUCUGACAGACUUGCUAGGACGCAAGCUGUUUGAUGAGGCCGUCAGCAGUGGGGCUAGCCAAGACAGUGCUCAAUUGACUGCUGAAGAGGCGGCGAGGGUUAAGAGAGAGCUUAGGGAGGUGAGAAUGAGGAGGAAACUUGAGGGAAGGGCAAAUUUGUGA